AUGGAGUGGGUGAAAAGAAAGAUAAGGUUCUUGAAAAGGAGGAAUGAAAAAUUAUCGCCUUGGUAUAUUGAAAAUGGAGGCAAGCUGUUAGAAGGGCUUAUUGCCUCCUCAAAUGGUAAGUAUAAUAUUCCUUAUCGCGUCUUCACCGUUGAAGAACUUAAUAAAGCAGCAAACUACGAUUUCACCGGUGUAAGCAGUGAUGAUUCCAGAUUGGUUAUGGUGGAUGGAACGGGAUAUUACAUCAGCGGCAUUUUUCAGCAGCGGUCAAUUCUGGUAAAGAAGUUUUAUGGUUACGCUACCGAAGACAAAGGGGCGUCCUAUGCUGUCAACGACAUGGUAAUCACGGUGCUGAUGAACCGCCACAAAAAUGCAUUGAAGGUCUUGGCUUGCUGCUUAGAUUUGGAAAUACCUGCUAUUAUCUAUGAAAUCGGGAUCAGUUAUGGACUUCUGCAUGACCUUCUUUUUAGAAGGAAAGAAGGGAACUUCAAGAAUAAUAUUGGUAGAUCACUCUCUUGGAGUAAUCGACUAAAAAUUGCAACAGAUGUUGCAAAUGUUGUCGUUUAUCUUCAUACUGCAUUUCCCACACCUAUCAUACAUAGAGAUCUAAGCAAACAAAACAUUGUCAUAGACCAUCAUGGUGUUGCUAAGCUUGUGGAUUUCUCACUCUGCAUAGCACUGCCUCCUGGAGAAUCAAAGGUAGAAUUGGAACUAGAUGUUGUUGCUAUAAGGAAAGGAUAUGUUGAUCCCGAGUACAUGACAUCAGGCAUUAUAACGGAGAAGUGUGAUGUCUACGCAUUUGGAAUUAUUCUCCUUGAACUCUUAACUGGUCUUAUGGGCCAGAGGCUUUACCUUGUAGAUGAUCAACCUAUUCUUUUACCGGAGUACGUAAAAAACCAUGUUGACAAGAAUGAGUUGAGUAAAAUAUUCGACCCAACAAUUUUAGGGGAGAGAAGCAAAAUAGAGCAGGAACAACAAUUGCAAGCUUUCUCGAAACUUGCUUUGAGAUGUACUCGUGACAUAGGAGCAGAUAGGCCAGAGAUAAUCGAUGUGGCAAAAGAACUGGUAAGGAUUCAGAGGUCUGUUAAUCCAUUUUAG